GCGUGUCGCACUCGCCGGCCAGCCCGUUCCCCGGCUCGCUUUACGGCCUCGUCGCGCGACGCUCCUCCUUUUCCUCUCCUCGCUAAGAUGGCGGCGGCCGGGACUCUCUACACAUAUCCUGAGAACUGGCGGGCAUUCAAAGCCCUUAUCGCUGCCCAGUACAGUGGCGCCAAGAUCAAGGUCCUCUCCACUCCGCCGCAGUUCCACUUUGGGCAGACCAACAAGACACCUGAGUUUUUGAAGAAGUUCCCAGUGGGGAAGGUUCCAGCCUUUGAAGGGGAUGAUGGCUUCUGCGUGUUUGAGAGCAACGCCAUUGCACACUACGUCAGCAACGAAGAGCUGCGAGGCGCCACCAAGGACGCAGCUGCCCAGAUCAUCCAGUGGGUGAGCUUUGCUGACAGCGAUAUCGUCCCACCUGCCAGUACUUGGGUCUUUCCCACACUGGGCAUCAUGCAUUACAACAAACAGGCCACUGAGUAUGCCAAGGAGGAAGUGAAGCGGGUUCUGAGCCUUCUCGACUCCCACCUGAAGACGAGGACGUUCCUGGUGGGGGAGCGCGUCACACUGGCCGACAUCACGACUGUCUGCACGCUGCUCUGGCUCUACAAGCAGGUUUUGGAGCCGUCCUUCCGCCAACCGUACGAGAACGUUAACCGUUGGUUUGUGACCUGCAUAAACCAGCCGCAGUUCAAAGCCGUCCUAGGAGAAGUGAAGUUGUGUGAGAAAAUGGCACAAUUUGAUGCCAAGAAGUUUGCCGAGAACCAACCCAAGAAGGAAGCGCCCAAGAAGGAGAAGCAGCCGAAGGAGGAGAAGAGGCCGGAGAAGAAGGAGGAGAAGAAGCCGGAGCCCGAGGAGGAGUUGGACGAGUGUGAGCAAGCCUUGGCAGCGGAGCCCAAAUCCAAAGACCCCUUUGCCCACCUCCCCAAGAGCCCCUUCGUCAUGGACGAAUUCAAGCGGAAGUACUCCAACGAAGACACCCUGACGGUGGCGCUGCCUCACUUCUGGGAGCAUUUUGACAAGGAGGGUUGGUCCAUCUGGUACGCUGAGUAUCGCUUCCCUGACGAACUUGCCCAGACGUUCAUGAGUUGCAAUCUAAUCACGGGUAUGUUCCAGCGCCUGGACAAGCUACGCAAGAACGCCUUUGCCUCGGUCAUCCUCUUUGGCAACAACAAUGACAGCAGCAUCUCCGGCAUCUGGGUCUUCCGUGGGCAGGAGCUCGCCUUUCCGCUUAGCCCUGACUGGCAGGUGGAUUAUGAGUCCUACACGUGGCGGAAGCUCGACCCGGCCAGCGAGGAGUGCAAGACGCUGGUCAAGGAAUACUUCCUGUGGGAGGGCCAGUUCAAGCACGUGGGCAAAGCCGUCAACCAGGGCAAGAUCUUCAAGUGAGGGCCGCGGCCGGAGCUGCCCGCCCCGGGGGGACCGGACGAGGGACAGAUCUCUGGAACGGCGGCCGUUGCCCCCACCGCCGACGACGUUGGAAACAACUUGUGCAGGAGGAGAGACAGUGUGACGUUCUAAGAAGUGAAUUAAAAACCUGAGUGUGCUAGUCA